CACUUGGAAACUUUAAAAGCUUCGCCUGUCUUGAGCUGCAGUGAGACCAAAGCUUGGCUGCAUGGACCCGUUAGUUUUAUACUUUUUCUUCAAGCGAACAGGCCAGGCGCGUGGAUUUGAAAUCAAACAAAAUGUGCGACUACAAACGAGAAUAUUCCUAUGUUAUGGACGACAGCGCCUUUGAUGGCGAUGUCUCGAUGGCGAGUUUUGACCACGGCUUUGAAAACCUGUGGGUGCAAGUUGCCGAGGAGUUGCGCCGCGAGAGGGAAAUGAACGAACUGGACCAACUUUUCCAACAAAAGUUGAGUCUGAGUCCGCAAGCACAUGGGGAUCAAUGGAUGUUUUGAUGCAGAUCCCA